AUGUCCAUCGCUUCUGUUGACCCCUCUAAUACCAGCUUUGAUGAAAUCCCCUCGACCGACUUAGAUUCCUCGGAGGAUGGAGCGCGCAGGAAACCUCGAACAAAUGCCGCUACAGGCGCAUCCGCGGCGGGUGUUCGUGCCCUGAGCGCGCAGGCUGUAGCCUUCUAUUUCAGAGCCCCUGCCAAAGCGUUUUUUCGCACACGAGUGGACUAUAUGGCUCUAGCCAAAGCUAUCAACCCGCGAGUCGCGGAGGGCGGCUGGUCAUGGCAUACGACGACUCCAGGUCUCCUUGCCCACGCCGUCCGCACAUAUGGCUGGCGUUUCCUUCCAGACCAAGUCCUCCCGCCGCUCAUGGGAAAUGUUGUGGUUGGGGCAGUUCUAUAUACUUCAUAUCUCCAAAUAUUAAGCGGACUCCAUGAGCCUACAUUACAAGCGACCAAGCGCAUUUACCCACCUCCAGCUCCGAGUUUGACGUUCACGGCCGGUUUUGCCGCGGGAGGAAUACAAUCCAUCAUUGCAGCCCCAUUAGAUGCGCUCCAGGUGCGAUUUAGCACCAACGAUAUGAUGAAGGGCCAGUAUAGGAACGUAUGGCAAUACGGAAAGCACAAACUUCAUGAAAUAGGCAUCCGGGGCAUCUUUUCUGGCUGGGGUCUGUCAUUCCUCAAGGACUCCUUCGGUUCUGCUCUCUUCUUUGGCAUGUUCGAAACGAUCAAGUCGCAAGGAUACUAUACCUUUGUUAGAUAUUAUUACGGCUCCCUUCAGCCGCACCGGGUCGAGAAACUGUCUGUGUCAACAGCAGGCAUUUCAUCUGGAGAUAUCCCCACGAUCCGACCGCACUAUGGUCUAGAACCGUGUUUCCUGAUGUUAGCCGGCCUUACGGCGUCCCUGGUGCAGCAGUUUGUGCAUCAUCCUCUCACUCUGGUGCAGGCGGUCUACUACGAGAGGUUGGAGCACAUCGAUGCGAUGGCCAAGUUGGAUCACUCGGGAAGAAAGAUGAUGAAGCAUCACUAUGAAGCGUACUUGGAACUGUUUAUGCGAUGUCAGAGGCGGGCGUUACGAGCGGGCGGCUGGCGCCCGUGGCUUUUUGGGGGCUUCUUUGGGAAUGCUCUCCGCCAGGUGCCAAGCACUAGCGCCGGUCUUAUCAUUUUUGAGCUGGUGCGGCGUAAAUAUGGGGUAGAUGCGGAGGUGGUGCAUAUUCAGCAGGACGGGUAUGAUAUCAUUUUGAGGUGA